CUCCCGCUCCGCUCUCCGUGCCGUGUCCGCUCCUCCCGCUGCUGUGUGCGGGUCCUGUCGCUCUCUGUGUCCGGGUCGUAUCGCUCGCUGUGCAUGCUCAGAGGCUUGUUCCCGUCCGGGCCUGAGCUCUUGAUGUUCCUCCCUCCGUUCGUAGAGGACAUGCAUCACUUCAAACCGUUUCGGGACAGACUGUACUCGACCCGGUGCUGCGGGUGCUGUCAUGUCCGGACGGGCACCAUCAUCCUGGGGACGUGGUACAUGGUGGUGAACCUGUUGAUGGACAUCCUGCUGACCGUAGCAGUGAGCCACCCUGGCAAUGUGCCCACCAUCGACCUGCAGUACGAGGUCAUCGACCACUACUUUGCCUCAGACCGCAUGUCCGAAAACGCCUGUGUGGGGUUUGCCAUCUCUCUGCUGAUGCUCACCAUCAGUGCCAUGCUGGUGUACGGAGCCAUCACUCACCGUGCCGGCUGGCUCAUCCCCUUCUUCUGUUACCAGCUGUUUGACUUUGCGCUCAGCUGUCUGGUGGCCAUCAGCUCCCUCACCUACCUGCCCCGCAUCAAGGACUACCUGGACCAGCUGCCGGACUUCCCGUACAAGGACAACCUGCUGUCCAUGGACUCCAGCUGCCUGCUCAUGUUUGUGCUGGUCUUCUUCGCCUUCCUCAUCCUCCUCAAGGCCUAUUUGAUCAACUGUGUGUGGAACUGCUACAAAUACAUCAACAACAGGAACAUGCCCGAGAUCGCUGUGUACCCUGCCUUUGAGACCCCUCCCCAGUACAUUCUCCCCACAUACGAGAUGGCCGUGAAGAUGCCCGAGAAGGAGCCUCCCCCUCCGUACAUGCCCGCUUAGAGUGUAGGCCCACCCCCCUUCACCACUAACACCAUUCCUGCCACCGCACUCCCAUCUGAGCCCUGUGCACCCUCACGGACCUCCCUCCACCCUCCCCAUGUGUAUCACCUGUCCAAUAACAAGAGGAAGAGCAAGGAGGAAGAGGAGGAGGAGGAAGAGUAGUCUACCAGCUUUUGUGUCAAACAUGUUCAGAUCAGACUUGUAUGAGGACUUCUGCUUUGAAAUGGCCUAAUAAUAGGUUUGGAUAUGUUUGGGAAGUUUCAGAUUUUGUUUGAUUAAAUGUAUGACGUGCAAAAGAGUUGGUGUAUAUUAUCAACUGACAGAAAAUGUGAGUUUCCAAGAUACAUUUGCAAAUUUGCUUAGCAAAUGUAACUCCAGCCAUUAAAGAAGACCUAUUGUGCUCGUGUCUGCUCCAUAGUUAUAGUGUCUGACACCCGUGGAUCAUUGUUAGAAUUUGGUCAUUUUAAAUUGCAAUAUUGGUCUGAAAUGACUUAAAGAGGAAGUGUUAUGCAAAAUCAACUUUUGCAGCUUUCUACCAUGUUAUAACAUUGUUCCCUCAUCAAGAGCAUGCCUAAAGAGGGUUUAGAUGUCAUCCAUGCAUGUUUGAGUAAUCUAGUGAUCUCUCGUAGGCACUAUUUGUAUCUCUUACCCUUAGCAGUAUGAUCCUAAGUUACAGUACGGUCCUGUUUGGGUGAAUAUAGCAUUUUCAAAACAAAAAGUAACAUGGUGAUCUAAAUAUGUUAUGUGUUAGCUGUUAAUACCCCAUAGAUGUGUAAUACCCCCUUUUUAGCCAAAAAAAAAAGGAAAAGAGCAGACUCCACCUGCUUCUUUACAGAACGAACACACAGAGCAGUGGGCGUGUACCGGUGGUGGUGAACAUAGGGGUAGAUCGGAGCAAUGGCAUCUUAAGUACAGGAGAAUAAAGAUUACUCGAACAUGCACGAAUCACUCCAAAUACAACCUCGAGUGGGAUUUUGCAUAAUACGUCUCCUUUAAGUUUAACCCUCCGCUGCUUCUGUUUUUGGAAAUUUUCAGAAUAUUUAAAGUGUCGUCCAAAAUUUGCGCAAUUCAAAACUAAAACUGUUAGAUUUUUGGACAAAUAUUCUUGCUUUUGUCUGUGUAAUCUGAACGUGCCAUGUCUCCAGCACCAUCGCAUCUAUAGUGAAAUAUGAAAUGAAAAGUUAUAACUAUGACAAUCCACUUUUAGCUCUUCUUGUUAGCCUCGUGUUGUUUUGUUGGCCUUUAAUAUGACGCCUUUCCCGCUCGGGUCUUUGAAUGCUUAUUUAUUUAGCCUUGUUGUAGUUUAGUUCACUUGAAAUACAUUUUUGACCCACUUUUGCUGACGGGAAUGGCUGCCGCUGUGAGAAUUUUUUUUUUUUUUAAAGAGGAGAGGGUCGGACCACAGACAGACAGGUGUUGCUCCUGUCAGGUCCUGCAGUAGAGUGAAGACAGGAGCCGGAACUGUCACCUGUCGCUGCAUGCUCCCUGCCUUUGCUUUAACCUGUAAAGAUUUAUGUUAGUGGAAAAUACAUUUGAAUUCAAUAAAAGUUUAUGAUCCAUCAAA